ACUGGAACGGUGAACGAGUGGGGGAUGGGUGACUACUCAGCACGUCGCGUUCCUAUUGGUCGAACGGGAGAUUCGAAACAACAACGCUCUCCCUGAUUGGUUGGCCGGACUCCCACGAGGGGUCGAAUGCAAAAGAUUUGCGAAGGGGUUUAUUGUUUCUUUGCUUUCGGGAGCUGAAAUUGUUUGGUAUCUACUCAGUUCUACAAUCAAAUAACGAGACGGAAAGAAAAUGGCUGGUGGCAAGGCAGGAAAAGACAGCGGGAAAGCCAAGGCAAAGGCAGUGUCGCGCUCCCAGAGGGCUGGGCUGCAGUUCCCGGUGGGUCGUAUCCACAGACACUUGAAGACUCGCACAACCAGUCACGGGCGUGUCGGAGCAACAGCAGCUGUUUACAGUGCGGCCAUCCUCGAGUACCUCACCGCUGAAGUACUAGAGUUGGCAGGAAAUGCGUCUAAAGACUUGAAGGUGAAGCGUAUCACUCCCCGUCACUUGCAGCUGGCAAUCCGCGGUGAUGAAGAGUUGGAUUCUCUCAUUAAGGCGACAAUUGCUGGCGGAGGUGUCAUUCCCCACAUCCACAAAUCCCUCAUCGGGAAGAAGGGCCAGCAGAAAACUGCGUAGACGACACGUCCACCACAAAUUUCGGGGCUUGGGCUUUGUUCGGUCUAGGAGUUCACAUUUGUUCUUUUCUGUUAUUAUUGUUAUAGCAAACGAAGAGUGAUUGUUAGCCUUUGUGUUGUUAUAUUUUUCCCGUAAUUAGAGAAAAGUACAGAAAAUCCCUUAACAGCAGAAAACCCUUUUUUAUGUCAUUGUAGUCCGUUUGACUGAGGAGCUCAUUAUUACAGAAGUGAUGGCAGUGAAUUUGUUUGAUUGGCUUGGGAUUAUUAUGUGAUGUUUUAUACUGAAAAUUUGUUUAAAAAAAACAUUUUUAUAGAAAAAAAAUCUUGUUUGUGGUUAUUUUCCUGAAGUUAUAUUUACUAUAACAAGUUUUUAAUGAGAGGGUGGGUUUUUGGACAGUUGAUAAAAGCAGCUAAACGUGAGAUCAUGUGUUUUCCUUUUACUGUAAGACUUUGAACUGCACACGGACAGUGGUGGAAGACAGGUUGGAUUAUUUUUACAACACAAUAUCAAUGAACACGUACUGUUUUCAACCUGCUACAGUGUUUUGUGUGAAUGUUUACAGUGUUUUUUAUUUUUCAAAUUGUUAAAACUUGAAAUUACGUUUUGAUAGAUGUGAUCCUCGGCUGCGGAGACGUUGAUCUCGCAGCGUUUUCCUCACUGUGCAACGACUGUCCUGCCUUUUGUGUGACGAGACGUGACCAAGAGGUGCAGCCAAAAUUAGGCAGAGAUCGGGAUCACAUACGAACUUUAAGAAAAAAGUAAUAAUUCCUGCAAUAUGUAAAUGUAUUGACAGGCUGAACUGUCCUUACUUCACAUUUUUUAACAAGUUGGUGCAUUUUUCUAAAAGUUACGUGUUCAGGGUAAUGACUGCAUAUUUUAUCUUUUAAUAAAUACCCUUGACUUGU